GUGGAAUCGCGGGCUCGGUGGGACGUUUAAGUGAAAAGCUUCUGCCCCCUGUGAAACCAUGUUAACAAUUUGAAAAGUAUAAAGAAAAAGUUCAGAUCUUUCCUUACAACGGUUUCCCAAGGGAAAUGAACACAGUGUAUUAUUAUAGUGGGAACAGCCACUGCCUGCAGAGUGUGAACUCCCUGGCUGCUGGUUUCUGCCUGCAUCAGGUGGAUGAACAGGUACAGCAAGCACAGCAGGGAGCACAGCCGCCUCUCAUCCAAACCCUCACUGUGGCCGAACACCUAGCUGAAAUAAUCCUCGAAGCACGGUAUGGGAGCUGUCAUCAGAAACCGAGACGGAGCAGGACAGCUUUCAGCACCCAGCAGUUGGAGGCCCUGGAGAAAGCUUUUCAGAAAACACGCUAUCCUGACAUGGCGAUGAGGGAGAGAUUGGCAAUGUACAUCAACCUGCCAGAGGCAAGAAUCCAGGUGUGGUUCAAAAAUAGAAGAGCUAAGUACCGCAAACACCAGCGGAAUGUGGAGAAAGAUGAGCUUGUGAUGGAAAUAAAGGAACAGGAGAAGAGUGAAGACAGAGAAAGAAAAAUCAAACUGGAGAAAGACGAACAUCACGUCCAAGGAAAAGGCUCCUUGGAAUUCGGUGGCACCGUUACCCACCCACCCAUGAAUGAGAAUAGAACCAGCAGUCAGGCUGCUCAACAGUCUGGCAGUGAAAAUCAAACAAAGCACUGUGUUACAACAAAGACAGGUCCCGUUGCAAAGACUGGACGAAUUGAUGAAAACAUUAAGAUUCAGGUACCAGAACUCUCCAUCCUGCAGCAACAUGGUACAAGUCUACAAACUCAGAUCCAACAUCACUUGGCUUUGGCAAGUGUUUUCCUCCCAGAUUCCCACUAUGGAAUCCCUGCUCCAAACCUGCAUGUUAAUCAGACUCCUACCCUGUACCCCACGUAUUCCCGAAGGGUUUCCCCUUCUCUAGAAGCUCUUCCCACCUCAUUCAUUCAUCACUCUUAUAAAUUAUCAGACUUGAUUCCAAAACCCAGCAAUGUGGGGAACCAGCGACAGGCCAGACAACAUGCCAAUUUACUGGGCCCCAACCUCCAAUACUAA